AUGGCUGUCGAAGCGGAAGAAAAACUUCAACAGAAACUAGAAUUUCAGGUUAAAAUAAUGGAAAAUUUAAAUAAAGAAAUAAAGAAACACAAAGACGAACAGUUGAGUGAGGAGCAAGAAAAUAACAGACUAGAAUUGGAAUUUAAAGACCUAAAACUUAAAUUACAUGAAACUGAAGAGUUAAACAAGAACAUGAUUGUAUCAAUACAAGCUUUGGAAAUUGAAAUGGAAACCCUAAUGAGCGAACUUAAAACUGGUAAAAUUGAACAAUUUGAUUUAAAGAAUAAUCUUGAGGAACAUAGAGACAAAUUAAAGGUGCUACAGCAAGAAAAUCAACAGCUAAACAAAAAACUAGAAGAGGCAUCUCUGCGCGAAUGCACAAUUAAAAACAGUUUCAAUGAGUCACCAGAAGAUACAAAGCACCAUAAUGUUAUAAUCUUGGGUGAUAGCACGGUUGUAAACCUUCAUAAAUAUCUAAAAAUUCAAUCCAUGCAGAACUACAACGUGAUGACUCUUGUCAAACAUAAUGGUACACUAGAAAACAUAGUCCAAGUUUACACUGAAUUUUACAAAGCAGGACUUUGUGGUGAUAUCGGGUGGUUUACAAAACGCUUGUCAUGGAGGACAAAUAGAUGCCAAAGCCAUUGA